UCAUUUGUUUAAGAUAACAACAGACAAAGGGGUGGGGAAUUAUGAUAUUUGAAGUGUAGGAGACAAUUAAAACUAAUCUGUUCAGUGAUGUUGAAGUCUGCCUCUCAGCUUUCUAGACCUCUCGAGCGUUCAUGUCAUAGCUCUCUUUAUUAGCAAAGUUGGUACACCUGUGUUAGUGUUGGCCAACAAUAAAGCCAGGAUUCUUGAGAGGACACAGCCAGAGAGGAGAAAAGGUCCUAUAAAGUCCCACAAGUGAUGGAUGUGGAAGUGCUUGGGGAACCAGAUAAUGAGGAAUCAAACAACUUACCAAGUGAGAAAAGGGAGCAUUCUGGUGGUGAUGAAGCUGAACUUUAUAGAGCUGAGUCCACAGGCAUCCUGCCUGCUUUCCCAGGGUGUGUUUCACAGAACAGAUGGGGAAUAGGAGGAGGAGAAGGAGGAAGAGGAGGAGGAGGAGAGGUAGGAGAGGACAGGUUGUUGCACUCAUGUUACCCAGCAGAGGGCGUCAUUUAUCAGGACAUUCAAAGCUCCAUGUUGGAGUACUUGGUGUGUUUAGAUAACCGGCACAACAUGGCAGACUGUUCUGUUACCAGGACCACCAGCCUUCCUGUAACCCCAGAAACCCAGAAACCUUGUACGGUUAUACCUGUACCAGGAUCUGUACUUUAUCCCAUGCUACCAAGCCCCACGGCUGAUGCCUACACCCCCAUAACUUCUAUGUGCAGUCCCACUGAUUCAGCCUGGGACACCCUCAGAUCCACAUCCGGGAGUCCUGGAAGCUUUGGCCAGGAUCCUGUCAGGGCCGCAGCUCACUUGCACCUGUUGGGGGAAUCCUUGUCCCUGAUUGGACAAUAUCUUCAGGAAACAAAUAAAACAGUGAGUGUGCCGAGUAGCUUGUCCUUGCUUUUGGACUCUCUGCUGUGUGCCCUAGUUCCUCUGAUCUCCCUCACCUCACAGAUACCUGAGCUGAGGAACUGCACACAACAUACACUGGCCUCCACUCUGGAAAACAUAAACUAUUUGAUGCCUGGGCUGUAAGUGAUGAUAAAGUCCCUCCUGGCAGUUUUCAGUACUUUUUGACAUACUGUGAAAAGCUAUUUGUUAGUUUAAAUUAACAAAUCUAAUCAUUUGUUAUUUUUUUUGUAGUUUAAAAAAAAACAUAGGUUGUAGCAUUGUACUCAUGUGUUUGACACUGGUGAAUAUCUGACAGGAUGUAACCCAGAUCAAGAAAGAACUUCCUCGUUUCUAUGAGAACUCCAAUAAAAGUCAUGGAAGUCAGGUUGAUGACAUCAUCCUUUUAAGGCAAAAGUCA